AGACUAUCGGAUCUACCCCCGUGGUGAAGAUCAACAAGAUUGCGCCCGCGGACGUGGAAUUGUAUGUCAAGCUUGAGUACUUUAACCCCCUGGGCUCCGUGAAGGAUCGCCUCGCAAUCGCCAUUAUUGAUGACGCCGAGAGGCGGGGCCUGCUGAAGGCGGGGGGCACCGUGGUGGAGGCCACGAGCGGCAACACCGGCAUCGCGCUCGCCAUGGUCUGCGCGCAGCGAGGCUACAACUUCGUCUCAACCAUGGCGGCGUCCUUCUCCGUCGAGCGACGGAAGGUCAUGCGGAUGCUCGGGGCGAAGGUGAUCGUGACCCCCGCGCCCCUCGGUGGC